AUGAUGGGGUGCCUUCCACAUUGCCUCAACGCGGCGUUGGGAAGCUGCGAGACGGCGAGAGCAGCUGCGAUGACCAACCGCCACUCCCUCCACACUCGCCUGCCCAUGUGGGAUGCCAUGCCUUCACGGCUGACGGCCUUGGUAAGCAGAGGAGGCUACGGACGGAAGUGGACAUGUGUUGGGAGCGGUAGCUGGCGGCCACCGCGAUUCCACGCAUGGCUGUGGAUGCCGCAAGCGGGGGUUAGUGAGAGUGUUUUCCCAUCGCAGCACACGGAGGGGUCACAUCGCACCUGGGUGCAGGAGUCACACCUGGGUGCAGGAGUCACACCUGGGUGCAGGAGUCACACCUGGGUGCAGGAGACACACCUGGGUGCAGGAGUCACACCUGGGUGCAGGAGUCACACCUGGGUGCAGGAGUCACACCUGGGUGCAGGAGUCACACCUGGGUGCAGGAGUCACACCUGGGUGCAGGAGUCACACCUGGGUGCAGGAGUCACACCUGGGUGCAGGAGUCACACCUGGGUGCAGGAGUCACACCUGGGUGCAGGAGUCACACCUGGGUGCAGGAGUCACACCUGGGUGCAGGAGUCACACCUGGGUGCAGGAGUCACACCUGGGUGCAGGAGUCACACCUGGGUGCAGGAGUCACACCUGGGUGCAGGAGUCAUACCUGGGUGCAGGAGUCACACCUGGGUGCAGGAGUCACACCUGGGUGCAGGAGUCACACCUGGGUGCAGGAGUCACACCUGGGUGCAGGAGUCACACCUGGGUGCAGGAGUCACACCUGGGUGCAGGAGUCACACCUGGGUGCAGGAGUCACACCUGGGUGCAGGAGUCACACCUGGGUGCAGGAGUCACACCUGGGUGCAGGAGUCACACCUGGGUGCAGGAGUCACACCUGGGUGCAGGAGUCACACCUGGGUGCAGGAGUCACACCUGGGUGCAGGAGUCACACCUGGGUGCAGGAGUCACACCUGGGUGCAGGAGUCACACCUGGGUGCAGGAGUCACACCUGGGUGCAGGAGUCACACCUGGGUGCAGGAGUCACACCUGGGUGCAGGAGUCACACCUGGGUGCAGGAGUCACACCUGGGUGCAGGAGUCACACCUGGGUGCAGGAGUCACACCUGGGUGCAGGAGUCACACCUGGGUGCAGGAGUCACACCUGGGUGCAGGAGUCACAUCUGGGUGCAGGAGUCACACCUGGGUGCAGGAGUCACACCUGGGUGCAGGAGUCACACCUGGGUGCAGGAGUCACACCUGGGUGCAGGAGUCACACCUGGGUGCAGGAGUCACACCUGGGUGCAGGAGUCACACCUGGGUGCAGGAGUCACACCUGGGUGCAGGAGUCACACCUGGGUGCAGGAGUCACACCUGGGUGCAGGAGUCACACCUGGGUGCAGGAGUCACACCUGGGUGCAGGAGUCACACCUGGGUGCAGGAGUCACACCUGGGUGCAGGAGUCACACCUGGGUGCAGGAGUCACACCUGGGUGCAGGAGUCACACCUGGGUGCAGGAGUCACACCUGGGUGCAGGAGUCACACCUGGGUGCAGGAGUCACACCUGGGUGCAGGAGUCACACCUGGGUGCAGGAGUCACACCUGGGUGCAGGAGUCACACCUGGGUGCAGGAGUCACACCUGGGUGCAGGAGUCACACCUGGGUGCAGGAGUCACACCUGGGUGCAGGAGUCACACCGGGGUGCAGGAGUCACACCUCGGUGCAGGAGUCACACCUCGGUGCAGGAGUCGCGGGGUUGUCGGUCGUUGAAGGCCAUGGCAUCGGGGAUGAAGCGCAGGUCGAGCUGGUUGGCACUAUUCUCAAACUCCAUGCCGUCACACUCCGCGUACACGUGUGCCGCCGUGCCCGCACUGUCACACUCCACCACCGCGUAGUAGUACCUGCUCCCUCGCUCCGGGGGGGGGGGGAGGAGGAGAAGGAUAGGGGAAUGAGGAAUGGAUGGGGGUUCGGCACUCAAACUCUUACUUGUGGGGUGAGGGCGGACAGGGACAGGCCAGUCCCCCCGCCCUGCCUUCCCCCGUGCACCCCUGCCCGCGUGGAAGAGCCCCUGCGGGCCGCUCUCAAGCUCCGCCUCCAUGUGGUGCAGGCCGAAGUCGGAGGGGUACACGGUGACGGCCGUGAUGCGCCCCCCGGGCGGCACGAAGGAGCGCAGCACCACCAGGAUGUCCACUGCCUGCCGUGGCAGGGGGGUGGGAAGGAGGGGGAGCAGGAGGGAAUGGAAAGAAAAGGAGAGGAGAAUCGUGAGUGCGGGGGCAGCAAGAGGGAGCACGGGAGUCGUUCUGCUGCUCUGCAUGCCUCUUCGCUUGCCCGCUGCGGCUCCCUCCUGCGGAGAUAA